CUUCGGCCCCCGCCGCGCUCCCGCCCCCGCCUCACAUAGGGCUGAGCUUCGGCCCCCGCCGCCCGCCGCGCGUCCGGCGGCCCAAUGCAGCUCCCCCGGCGCCCGGCCCUCGGCGCGCUGCUGGUGGCCGCCGCCGCGGCGCGGCAGCUCGGGCGCCGCCCCGCGCCCGCCCGGGGCGCCCUGGCGCCAGAGCGGGCGAGCGCCCAUCGAGUCCGGCGGAGGAGUUCCUGCAGGGGCAGGACUCGGCCGACCGCCGCUCCAGGGACCCCGCCGGGUCGGAGCCAGGCUACGUUUAUCCGGACUACCCCGCCGUCGUCACUGCUGAGGAGCGCAAGGCGGCCGAGCCGUCGUACAACUACAGCAGGUACGACCUCAAUUGGCGUCACGAGUACGGGGAGCGGGCCUCCGCGGACGGCGGCCAGACCGGCUACGACUUUGCGCCCACGCCCGGCGACGAGGACUACGCGGAUGAGCUGCACAAGCGGGUGCGCAACGAGAGCUACGGGGACCACCGCGAGCCGAACACGGGGCCCAACUUCUGGCCGGGGCCCGCGCAGUGGCAGGGGCGGUGA